AAUAACUUACUACUAAUACUACUAAUAAAACUGCAUAUUGAAAAACGGAAAUCCCAACGUCACUCACACUUGCUUCCUUCCCUUCCACGGGUAUGUUUUGCUUUUAUUAUUUCAGAGGACACAACCUCUGCGACACAUUCCACCACAUACGACACCAGCGCACUACUCAACACCACUGAAGGUUUGGAAAUUCACGUGGAGAUGCCUUCCAAGCAACGUCGCAACAAAGAUAAAAAACAACAGGAUCUAGAAUUAGCAUUAAAACGCAAAUUAAAUCGAGAUUUGAAGGAACGUUAUUUUCAUUUGCACAAGACCAGUUUGCUAUGCUGUUUUGCACGCAGUUACCGUUACAAUCGCAUGCUCAACGAUACACCGCUGAUGCAGGCUGCGCUGAAAUUGCUGCCUAGCAGCAACGCCUAUCCGCCGGAGCGUGGCACCGAAAUCAAAUAUUUUCAAUCAAUGGUCACCUGGUAUAAGACAGCGGUAAAGCUAGCUUCGCCGAAUUUGUAUGGCGAAAAAGUUCGCAAGAGUAGGAGGCGUGUGAAGCGGGAGCUUUUAGCGCAAAUUAAGCGGAAGGAGGCAAGCUGCAAGCAGGAUUUUGUAUUCAUAUUUGUAGUAUUAUUGCGGGCAAUGGGACUACAGUGUCGGUUGAUCGUAAAUAUGCAGCCAUUGCCGCUGCGACCGGCGCAAUCGGACUUGCUCACGAUAAAAAUGAAACGAGAUGGGGAUAAGAAGGAAGACGAGGCAGUGGAUGCGAAGAAAGCGAGGGUGGAAAGCGGUGUCAAAGCAGCUAGUGAGAAGAUAGAAAAGCUGCAUGUUGGAAGUGCUGACAAAGCGGUUAGGGAAAGGGGGUUGAAGAGUGGGGAAAAAAAUGUGAAUGAGGAGAAGAAAAAUUGGAAAGGGAAAGGGGAUAAAGUCAGUGGUAAAGAAGGAGAAAAAAUUCAAGGAAGGGGCGCCAAAGAAAAAGAGCGAAAGGAGAUGGAUGCUUCAAAGGACAACACCUCCGAUAAAAAGCGCGCUGUACGAAAUAAGGGCACUGAAAAAGAAAAAGAGCAGCCACCGAAAAAGUCUCACAGAGAACACAAAAAGGCGCCUAGCGCCAAGUUAGCUGAAUUGAAACAAGUCGAAAAGUUAGCUGACAGCGAAAAAUUUAGGUCCGAACUUAAGUCCGGGUCGCCUGAAGUUCAACAGACUAAAGAUACAAAUAAAAAAGCCGUUUUAUAUGAGAAGGAACCUCAAAAAGAAGAAGAUAAGAUAAAAAUUUACAACUCCAACCGUGAAGACACUGUAAAACACGCACAGCUCACUCAAAGGAAGCCACAACUGUCUCGACUGAACAGGGACAAAAAAGCCGCUGCCAAACCGGAUGCUGGUGAUUUGUCCGCUGAUAAACCUGGUCUCAUCGUGGAAGCCACACCCAUCGCGCGACGUACGCGCAAAGCCUCAACCGAAAAAGCAAUAGCAGCAGCAACAAAAAGCGCGAGACCAGUAAUACAAAUUGGCUCGCCUAAAAUACCUAAAAUCAUCAUUCAAUCUGGAAAGACAAUAGUGAAUAACGCCGUACUUAGUGAGCGUGAAAAUCAGCCGCGUGCCAGCGGCAGCACAACAGCACCGCCACGUGCACGCUCGCGCAGCAAAUCUCCAAAGUUACAUAUCUCUCCUACUUUUCUGCAGAGCACUAACUAUAGAAAUAAGUUUCCAGAGUCGACAGUAGGCGAAAAAAAACUGCAAAAACGCGCAAAUUCAACUCGCCCUAACUCAAAGAGCCCCGUACAGAAAGUGCAAAUUUCCACCGAUUUUUUGCUAAACCAACACACCAAUGCAACUGAGCCGGCCGCAACGCGUAUUUUACGCUCGCGUCAGAAACCCAAUGAGGUGGUGGGAGGUGGGCAAGAAAAACUGCCAACGGUACCACAGUUGGACGGCGCUGAUGAUUGCUUAGAGAAGGUGAGUAAAAAGAAGCGACCAAAAUUGGAAAAAUUAAAGCAGAAAUCGCAUUCGCGAGACGAAUCCGAUGAAGAUUUUGAGCCAUCACCGCCGAAGCAGCCUAAGAAGGCACCAAAAGUAUCGGUGAAGAAGGCGGCCAUAGACAGACGUGUUUUGUCGUCCGAUGAAGAAGAAAGCAAAGGUGGCGCGGUGAAGCGUAAUCCGACAGCAGCAGACAUCUGGGUGGAAGUUUGGUCCGAUGCGGAAGAGCAGUGGGUUUGCAUAGAGUUGUUCAAAGGCAAAUUGCAUUCCGUGGAGGCGAUAAGGAAAGCCGCCUCCUCCAGUUUCGCCUAUGUGUUCGCAUUCCAGAAUGAUUUGAGUAUCAAGGACGUGACUGCUCGUUAUUGUCCCAAUUGGGCAACAACUGUACGCAAGUCGCGAGUCGAACGCGCAUGGCUGGAGGCAGCCUUUGGACCGUACUAUGGUCAGCGCACACAGCGCGACAUUCGCGAGGAUCAGGAGAUGCGUCGCAUACACGAGGAGAAGCCAAUGCCCACGGCGAUUGCCGACUUUAAAGAUCACCCGCUAUAUGCACUCGAGCGUCAUUUGCUCAAAUUCCAAGCGAUUUAUCCACCGGAUCCACCAACAUUGGGCUUCAUACGCGGCGAAGCGGUCUAUGCGCGAGAGUGUGUACACACUCUGCACUCACGUGAGAUUUGGCUGAAGCAGGCGCGCACUGUUAAGCUGGGCGAGCAGCCGUAUAAAAUUGUAAAGGCGCGACCUAAGUGGGAUCGGUUGACGCAAACAGUUAUAAAAGAUCAACCGCUUGAGAUUUUCGGUUAUUGGCAAACGGAGGAUUACGAGCCGCCAACAGCCGAAAAUGGUUUAGUGCCGCGUAACGCCUACGGUAAUGUGGAGUUAUUCAAGGAGUGCAUGUUACCCAAGAAGACGGUGCAUUUACGCUUACCUGGCUUGAAUCGUAUUUGCAAGAAGUUAGGCGUCGAUUGUGCGCAAGCCGUGACAGGUUUUGAUUUCCAUCAAGGCGCCUGCCAUCCAACGUACGAUGGUUUUGUUGUAUGCGAGGAGUUCGGCGAUCAAGUGACCGCUGCAUGGUAUCAAGAUCAGGAAGAGCAGGAGAAGAAAGAGCAAGAAAAAUAUGAAGCACGUGUCUACGGUAAUUGGAAGAAGCUCAUCAAAGGUCUGCUCAUACGCGAACGGCUAAAGAAGAAAUAUAAUUUUUAAUUGUACGCAUGGAAUAUAUACAUUUGGUCUUUAAGUUA